CAGUCACAUAUACCUUCUUUAUCCUCUUUACUUGGAUGGUGUCGUAUAGCACAUGUCUCAGAUGGGACCAGUGUACUGAAGUCGGUCAGUAUGGGCAUGAAGAACCAAAGCACUUCAUCUCAAGUGCAACAUGCAAAAAUGCUGUUAUUCAUGACCAAACAAAACUGACACAGACAUGUGCGAGUGUGAUCUAUGGCUGUAUGAACAUGUUGCAAAGGUUGAAGAAAACAGAGAAUGGAGAUAUGCAGAAGACCCAUUUCUGCAAGUGUAAAAUCCAGCAAUUGUUGCUGUAUUCCUUGUCAAGGAGAAACUCUAUUCAAGUGCUUACAGAGAUGGACAAUUCCAAACACUGGAAUUACAGUAAUAUCUGUGCCUCAUCGGGUCAUCUGAAAUCUGAGGCUCCUCACUCACAGAGCCCAUCAACUUUAUAUGCAACGCACAGCCCGAAAGAAGACUAUCUAACACAAGCUGAUGACAUAGAAUGUAACAGGAUGGAGAUUUUGCAGCCCACAGAAUCUACCACAUGGGUUGCAAGAUUUUUUCUGGCUGCUGUGUUGGUGGUUGGAAUCCACAUAAGAAGACUAAACAUAUCCCCAAACAGAGUCAGUCCUGCUCAUGCUAAUACCUCGACAGUGAUGAUGCUUUUUUCCAUGACGUUGCACUCUUUUUCACCAUCUGCGGCCAUCAAUCAGCCCUCUGAGUGGUCCCGGAAUGGUAUUGGGAUAUCUUUUGUCAUCUCCCUUUCUUGUGCUCUGGGGAAAACUCUACAGGUGAUAAUUGCCUGCAGGACUGCUUUUAGUGUCAUUAAACUGUGUGGUAACACACACCAGCAAUUUAGGGCUGUGCCUACUAUUGUGUCUUGCAUGUGGUUGACUGUGGGCGCCCUUGUUGUCAAUAAGUGUGUCAAAACGUGGUUUGAAGACUUACCUUUUGAGGGAAGUGUGGGGUCAACAUUAAAAUGUUGGUCUGUGAUAGGACAGGUAGAGCAAUUUGCAACUUUGUUCUAUGCUUUUGUUUCACUUUCAAGUUUGCUAAAAUCCGUUCUAAUAAAUAUACAUGUUUUGAUUGUUCUGUUAAAUGUGCAACUACUAAACUGUCUACGGAUUUCAAUGGUCCCAACAAAGUAUGUAUUGGUUAUUAGGAUCAGCACGUUAGUAUAA